CUGCGAAGUACGAAACAGUGCACGUGUCGCCGCGUUGGAGGAAGGAAACAGAUGAUGAACGGAGUUUUCUCCCUUUCCAUUCAUUUGAUUCCUCUUCAUCCGCUCUCAUUUUCUCGUCGUCUCUUUCGUGGAGUCGUCGGUAGCUAAGCUAGUAUAGUAGCAAAGCAGUACUGGCAGUAGCUGUGUGUGAAAUCCGACAUCCAAAAAGGAAAAAGGGAAGAGCUUUUUCCCCCCUUUUUUGGGAGCGAAAUGCCCCUCUUCUUCUUCCUCUAACCACGCGAAUCCACAAUCUUCUUGUCCUCCCUUCGUCAAAACCCUGCGAUUCUCUUUGCGGCUGCCAAUUCCGCCAUUGAAGGGUGCCGCUGGGUCUCUCUGUGUCUCUUUCCCCUUGUUUUCGUUAUGGGUAAGAGGAAGCGAAGUGGCUCAGCUCCCCAUCAUCAUAACCCGCCAACCGAUCCUUCUUCUUCCCCAUCUCCCUCACCCUCUGGUGAUAUGCCCUUCUCUUCUGGAAGGGGAUCACUACCCCACGAGAGACGUUCUCGUUUGCUCGAUUCUGCUGAACUGAAGCCUCCUUCGCUAGGGAUGCAAGCACAAGAGAACUCCACCAGAUUGCUCAACUUGCACUCGUCUCUCUCACAACAGCACUACAACCUUGGUCGAUCGAUAUCGCUGAAACGAUCACGUCAUCAUUAUGGACAUCAUUACUCUCGUAGGAACACAGCAAGCCAUGCUGGUCCAUCAUUGCCUUCUCAUGGGAGGAAUCACCACAUUUCACACGAUGAGAGACUCCCCUUCAAGUUUGGCAGUCAACACGAAGCAAGUCUACAGUUCAGGCAUCAGGGAGAUUACAGGGAAAAAGCUGAUUUCAUCCGACCGGAGAGGAUCCGGUUCAGCUCAUUAGUAACAGAUGUUGUAUCCUCCUCAGACUCAAUAAAGAUGGUAUGCGGGAUCUGCCAGAAGCUGUUGAGACGAAAGCCUUACUCCCUUGGUGACUUGCCAUCAUCCUCCGGUGAAUAUGCUGUUGUAGCUGUUCUGGUUUGUGGCCAUAUGUAUCAUGCGGAAUGUUUGGAGGAGAAUACGAGCCUCGAGAACACAAGUGACCCUCAAUGCCCACAGUGUUGUGUGUAGAUUACCUCUCUCAACUGAAGUGGACACACGAUCUGUAACUUCUGUAGAUAUACAGCAGAUAGUUUUAGAUGGAUAACUAGAGAGAGAUAUAGGUGGCGUCUGGUUGUUGUAAGAGUGUCUCUGGUGCGAUUUCUACGACUUUCGGUUGAGCUGGGUACAAUGUACCUUGUAAUUUGUUUAACCACUGCUGUGCUAGGAUUAUAGAAGCAACAAUGGCUUCCUUAUUAUGUUUAGUUACAGGCAAGUAUCUCUGUUGAGUACUAAUAGACGAGCAACAGUGGC